CAUCAUACGUUGAAAAUUUUAUAGUGCUCGUAGGCAAUUCUCGAAGAAAUACUCGGUACAGGUAAUUCUGAAACCCUUCUACCCCCACCUCUGUUGAUGCCUCAUUGGCGAAUCGCCCGGGAGAUAAGCUAUAGUCCGUCAGUCAGCUAAUGUAUAUAGCUAUCUCGUCAACCCGCUUUCUGGACCUUGGAAGCUGAUCAGUAAAAUUAACAGCUGCUAGAAUCCGAGUUCUAUCGCUGAUCUACUCUUCUCUAUCUGUUUAGCUCCGUGCAGCUUCUCCUUCACCCCUCCAUCUAAAUCACUACUGUUAUCAUGGCCUCCAAGCUGGGUGCUGCGCGCUACGGCAAGGACAAUGUUCGCGUGUGCAAGGUCCAUCGCGAUGAAAAGACCGGCGUGCAAACUGUUACAGAGAUGACCGUGUGCUGCCUCUUAGAAGGGGACAUUGAUGUCUCCUACACAAAGGCCGAUAACAGUGUUGUCGUUGCCACAGACUCGAUCAAAAACACCAUCUUCAUUCUCGCCAAACAGAAUCCAGUGACUCCACCCGAGCUCUUUGGAUCUAUCAUCGGCACUCACUUCAUCGAGAAGUACAAGCACAUCCACGUGGCCCAUGUCAACAUCAUCACGCACCGCUGGACCCGCCUGGCGGUCGACGGCAAGCCGCACCCACAUUCAUUCCUGCGGGAUGGCGCCGAAACUCGAAAUGUGCAAGUUGACGUAACCGAAGGAAAGGGCAUCGAGAUUGCCUCCAGUAUCUCGGGCCUGCACGUCUUGAAAAGCACCGGCUCGGAAUUCUGGGGAUUCGUGCGAGAUGAAUACACGACGUUGCCAGAGGUCUGGGACCGGAUUCUGAGCACCGAAGUAGACGCUACCUGGAAAUGGAAGCUUUUCUCCAGCUUGAGCGAAGUCAAAGUCGACACCGCGCGGUUCGACCAUGCCUGGAGUGCUGCACGUAAAAUCACUCUCGACUUUUUCGCGAAGGAGAAUAGUGCCAGUGUUCAGGCUGUGAUGUACAAUAUGGCUGAAAAGAUCUUGGAAGUCGUGCCACAGGUUGAAUCGGUUGACUAUGCUUUGCCAAACAAGCAUUACUUUGAAGUUGACUUGAAAUGGCACAAAGGCCUCAAAAACACUGGUAAAGAUGCUGAGGUGUAUGCGCCUCAAUCGGGCCCGAACGGCCUCAUCAAAUGUACUGUAACACGGCCGACCACAGCAAAGCUAUAAGCAUGUAAUCCCUUUUCUCUAUGUAUCCAUUCAAGGGGGUUUCCGGAGUUUUGAAUGCGUUUGUGUCACUGUUACUACUGCAUUAAGAUUUAAAUAUGUCAAUU